UCUCACAAGACACUGGAAAAGCGCAUGUACUUCAGCCACCUGUGUCCUUCAAGCAGAUUACCUCAGAGUUCACUCAUGUACAGAGAACAGGUCAUGCAGCCAAACAGGAUAAGAAAUCUGCUCUCUUGAUGAACUCCUCCCCACACACUACUACUGCUCACUUUGAAUACUUGCCUCUCACACUCCUGUGCUGGGGCUCACCCCCAAAUCCUCACCAACUUUUUUCAUUUCUCUCACUCUAGGUCAAAUCCAUCUCUUCAUCAACCUACCACCAAGGAUAUUCACUGAUCUAUGGGGUAAGUUGUAUCUGAACUUCAGAAGCAGGUCUCCAUGUGUGGAAGAGUCUUCUCAUCCCUAAAUGAAUAGGUAAGACAGCUUGGGAGACUUACUUAUUUCAAUAAAUGGAAGCAUCUCUUUGGAAAUGGAUGGUUUCAGCAGCUCACGUGGCACACUGUGAUCAUCCUCUACUCCACAGUACCUAAGAAAAUUCAGUAGCUGAAAUAACAGAAAACACAACCUUUUAAGGACUGGUUCUGCUUAGACUGGGAGCUCUGCCAGUGAUUUCAGAUGGAGGAGGAAUGAGGUCUUUUAUUUCAGUCGGUUGGAGUAGAACAGCACAAAUAACAUCACAAAUGUCCAUCUGAGAUGUUUACAAGCAGGGAACUCAGAUUUCUUAUCAAUUUUGUCGUCAAUACAUAAUAUAGAAUAUAAUGGAAAUAUCUGGGCUUUCUGCUUUUAUCUAUCUAUACUGUGUUACAUUUUGAAAGCACAUAAUCUCUAAAAUCAACUAUAAAAAUCCACCUCCCAUUGGGAAUUGCAAACCAGAGCUGAAAGUUUGUAUCAAUCUUCUGCCUAACUGGAAAUAAAAGAACCAAGGAGAAAAAACAGGCAUUUGUCAAGAAAAACUUAUAUUCUGCACCAUGCAGAAAGAGACAUCAAAGAAGCUACUCUAGUGUUGCAGGUAUACAUGACUUUGUACUCUGAAACUGGAUACAGUUCGGAAAUGGAAUUCCAAAAUAUCUGCUAUGUAGAGAAAAAGUGAGGAGAAAAAUAUGGAAGACCGAAGAUGAUAUUUUUGGCAAGUAUACUGAAGAAACUGCUAGUACAUACUGCAAUCCAAGAUCCAGUGGGCUGUGCUUACUUCAUUUGUUUCAUGUAGGUGAAGAUAGCCAGGAUGUUUGCUUUAGUCAUGGGCAGUUGAUAAGAAUGGGACAUCCAAAUAAGGUCAUUCAGGAUGUGUUUAACACCGGGUAAAGUCUGUGGCGAAAGCCCAUGCACACACAUGCACACAGAGCAUCCACUGUACAUAGCAUUGACUUAGCGUGUCAUUUUCCUCAGAAAAACUAGUAGAGGGGCAUUCCACCCUUGUAUUUCUAGUGCUGAAGAUGUGAUUGUCCCAGAGCCAACGAUGACAGCGACUUUAAGGAAUAGGAGGGAGAGGAAGGAAGUCUGAUUUCUUUCACUCUUUGAAGUGAUGCAAUGCAAAUGAAAGUGUUAAAAGCAGAGGUAGUUUCAAAUCUGUCCACCCAAACUCUUUUGCAGUCUUUGAAACAACAGAGAGCAAAAGGCUUUCUGAGGCCAUCCUAAAUAUUUGGAAACUGAAAGGAUAAUUCUUCCCCUAUCCUCACACCAAGUAGAACCUAGCAGGGAAGACAGGCUGGCUGAUGGUGAACAUCUCUCUGCCCCUAAAUAACACAGAGUUCUGCAAAAGACAAGACACAUGCCUGUUUAAACACAGGUCAAUAUGUUUUAUUAAGCAACCAUGCUACGGGUGCUCCUGCAUGAUGAAAGCAGUCUGGCACUGUAAGGGAACACGCAUUUUUUAUUGAUAGGAGAGCUCUGGUAACCAAUCCUGUUAUAUUGAGUAGUUCAUGAAUAAAGAACUUACAGGAUGUCUGCAAAAACUGGGAGAAAAUCACUUGUAGAAACUUCAGUUUGUUACAAAAAGUUUGUCUUUUCCCUGGAAGUCAUCUGCAGUUGACUGAAAUGAAUAAAGGGAAGGAGUUACUUUGCUAGCACCUGAACAAAGGGUGACGUAUUUGCUGAGAUCGAGGUUUCACACUUACUGUACAUUUUGAUUUAAAAAAAAGACUCAAAGCAGUUAAACUAGGAUAAAGUCAGAGUUUAGAUUGCUCCCAUGACCUUAAUUCAGUUCAUUUUGCUUACAAUUUUGAAUAUAAUUUGCAGUUAAAAGAUCAUAUUUAAUUAAAUUAAAAAACUUUUCACUGCAUGUUUGCUUUAUUCAGCACAGAAAUCUAGAUUGCCCAUUUACGACUGUUUGCUGUGCUCUGCCCACCUUCUCACAUGUCCUGGGCUAGCACUUUCAGUACACACUGUAUGAGUGACACACAAGACUUCAGGUGUCACAACUGAGUCACCUGGUCCAGCUGAAUGCCAGUGGGAUGAAGAUGGAAGGAGAAUGGGAUCUAAUAAAAUGCUUAACAUCAACAGUUUUCUCAAAUAUAUUUCAGCCUGAAAGCUGAGGCCUGUCUUACUUAUCUCUUUCUUUCAACCUGACUCCAAAGUGAGAAUUUUCUCACUUUAUCUUAGUGAUCCCCAGCAUCGACAAUGGGUGGGUACCUCAGGUUGUCAGCAUUACCCAGACACAUUUGCGGGAUGUUUCCAAGGACAUCUCCACACCACUGUGACACCUAGCACUGCUGUCAGGUAUCCCUUCAGGGGGAAGUGGAAGGCACAGCAGUGUGGCCAUCCUCAUGGUAGAAACCUCUGUGUUAGUUACUAAGGCAUAAACCAGCCCUGUCCUUCCCCACCAGCACAUUUCAAGCUUCCAAAUGUUCUCACAGUGCUAUUUCCAGAGCAUCCACUUUACUUCCAAUCCUUUUAAAAGUGUAGGUUCCUCAGAGCAGGGACUAGCCUAUUUCCAUGUUUCAGCACUUUGAAACAGGAAUGUUUGUGAAAAGGUAAAAUCCACAUUACUAUUCUUUUUCCAGCAGAAAGUUUAAUAUAUUUGUUUUAGCCCAGCAGCUUAUACUCAACUGUCUGGAAUUUUGCUGACACAAUGAGAAUCUUCUGAAAAUGGAUAACAAUUUAAACACAUGAAAAUACUCUUCACUUCUUUGAGAUAUUAACAACAAUAACAACAAAGGAGAGAAGUGGGUUCUCAAAACUGACAUACGCUAAGAAAUGGCCUGAAUCUCACCACAGAACUCUUUCUAUGCAGCUAAGACCUCAGAAAGAGUUCAGAACACUGCGUAAUGAUAAGCACAGAAGGGCUUUAUCACGUAUAUGAAAUAUUGAAUGAGAAAAACUGCAUUCACAAAUAACAAAAAUAUAUGUGCCUCAUGUGGAAACCUUUGUAACUGCUUUGAGAUAUUCAUAUUCACACUUCUACAGUAGUCAAAUGAAAGAGAGCAAAAGAAAAAAAUAAUAAAAAUACUUAUGUUUGACCACCAAACUGAAAAAAAAUAUAGUGAAUAAUUUUAACAAUAAAUAGAUACACUUAAAAAAGGAAAUGGAAAAGAAAAAAAGUUUUUUUCCUUCUUAGAUAGCUUUUAAAUUAUUAUGGCAAAAUAUUUCAGAUGCUACAACCAGUGAAAUAUUUGUAGCCUAGAUUGCUUCUCAGUAAAUACAGUUUUGUCAAUCUGCUCAGGUUGACCCUUAUACACUUUGGCUAGAGAAUGCUGUCAUUUACACAGGUGCAAGUUUCUAGAUUUACACAGGUGUGAUAGAAGAAUUUGGCAGAGUUUUGCUAGUUUUAAACUUUAAAAUAUUAGAUCAAAUGUCAUAGUUUUACCAAGUUUUAAUAUAUUUCUGUGCUGAUUGCACUGUUCCACAGGUGCUGAUGGAACAAAGAAUUUUGCAGAGUCUACCUGUAACUUACUAACCCCUCUGCCUGAAAGCAGUGAAUCCAGGACCACUACACUUAAAAUCUCCAUGUGUCUUCUUAAAAAGCGAUUCAUUUAUUGUUUAGUACUCUUUUCAUCAUAAAUACUCAUUUCUGAAACAAAAAAGCAAACUGCUAAAUACAACCUACUUUCACAACUAUUCCUAUCACUGUUGUUUAAUCUGUAUAGCCAGCAUCCCAUACAGUACUUUUAUACAAAAAGCAGAACAAUAUUUUUUUAAAUCAGAAAAGUUGUUGAUGAAACUGCUGUACACUGACAGGACAAACUAAAAGCAGAUAAGGUAUCUUAGAACAAUUUUAACAUCACUUUACAUUUACUACUUUUCAAUUUACUCACAUCCCUUUGUAGCUUUUCCAAGCUUGUUUGCUAUAUCUGAAGCAAUAGGUACGUGCCAAUAGGAAUGAUUUUAGUUUUGAUUCAGAUCCGAGAUCUUCUAGUCACGCUAAUCUGUGUGGCUCUCUAAAAGACUGCUAACCAAACAUGCAACAAGGGAACAAACUUGCAGAUUCUAAGUGUUCUGCAGAUGAUCUUCAGCUGUUUGGUCAACUCCAAAUUCUGUAAGUGAUUCAAACAGGAGAAAUAAAAGGGAGAGCUUAGUUGGAGUGAGGUGUGCGCACAUUAAGUUUCACUUGCUUAAAUGAGGCAACACAGGUAUCAGUCCAACAAACUCACUGCUAAACUCACACCAUAAUGAAGGAAUCAGACCCAGAACAACUUAUUCUCAGAUGGUGAUAUAGCUGUGUAUUUUUUUUUUUUAUUGUGUUUUUGGCUUUAGUUUGCUAGUUUUCAAAAAAUCAGAAUGUGAUUUAGGAAUUAAGAGGGGAGGUAGAAAUCUAAAUAUGAGAAGAAAAAAAAAGAUAAAUUUAACGGGUCAUUCUCUUCACAGAAAUUACAGUGGAUUGCUCUUUCUGGAUUUAACAGUAGAGGCAUGGGAAACUUUAAGAUGUCACAAGUUUGUCGAUAACAUUUGAACAUAUGAUUAGCUUUCGUGAGCUGUCUUUAGAAACCUUAUAUUUUUUCCCCCUACACCUUGCCCAGAGAUCCUACGUGCUUUCCUUCCCCUGAGGUUUUGGAAAACUUAAAAUGUUGCUUUGACAAAAAUCAAGGAUGUGGACAAGUUUUUUUCCUGUGUGAUGUCACUUUUCCUACUCUUCAUAAGCCCCUGCAAAGAAGGGAACUUAUCUGAGGAUUCUUGCUCCAGACACAGACAAACAAGGGAAAGUGAGAAGCACAAAGGAGUAUCAAGUUUCAGAUACUGAACAGCCACUAAGAGCUGAGAACCAUGCCGCACACCAGUCCCUGCAGCUGCCUGGAGUACAUGCUGCUUGUGCUCUGUAUCCUGAAGGCUGCAGUCAGCUUCCCCAACUCCUCUCCACUGCUGAAUCCCAGCUGGGGGAACGGAGAUCAGCUGAUGCACUUGUAUACUUCUACAGAGAGGAACAGCUUCCAUCUUCAAAUCAAUGCUGAUGGCCACAUCAGUGGUGUUCCUUACCAAACCAUUUACAGUGCCCUAAUGAUCAAGUCUGAGGGUGCUGGCAGCGUUAUAAUCACAGGUGUGAAGAGUGGACGCUACCUAUGCAUGGACAUGAAAGGAGACAUUUUUGGAUCGCAUUAUUUCAGCCAAGAGGACUGCGUGUUCAACCAAAGAACACUGGAAAAUGGAUAUGAUGUGUAUCAAUCUCCCAAGCACAAUUUUCUGGUUAGCUUAGGCAGAACUAAGCAAGUUUUCUUCCCUGGUAUGAAUCCACCACCGUACUCCCAGUUUUUGUCCAGGAGAAACGAAAUCCCGUUGUUUCGAUUCAACACACCUGAACCCCACAGAAACACUAGAAGUGCAGAUGUUGAUCCAAUGGAUCCUCACCAGAUCCUGGUCCCACAGAGAAAGGUCUCUGCAAUAGAGUCUCAGCUGCAACUGCAAAUGGACUUUUCCCAUGUGCCCAGAGAACCCAUGAGAGUCAAUCAGAACGAUGUGGUCAACCCAGAUGACCCACACGCUAUGAUGGAUGCCAGGAGAUAUGCUAGUCCUCGCUUUUACAUUACAAGAUAAUGGCAACCACUUGCAAAUUGAUGACAUGAAUGAGUGCCUAAAACACUCAAUCUGAUUUCUAACCCUCAGGGUGGCUGCUAGAAACCUGAAGGACAUUGGAAAAAAAAAAAAAUUAUUUCAAAUUUUGUCCUUAUGCAUGAGGUUUACUGAAAAAGGGUGUUGCACUCUGCUUUACUGGAAAGACGAUCCAUUUUCAAAACGAAUAAUAGAAACCAAAUAUUUUAUGGUCUGAAAUACCCUUAGUAUGCAUAAGUGGAAAACAGAAUUCACUUGAAUGUAAUGACGAACUAGUGUUAUGUUACUGAUGUGUCUGGAAGAAGACUUGAGCCCUGCAGGAUUUGAAACUCCAGCAGAGGCAGAGAAUCUUCUUACUAGCUCACUUGCAAGCACAGCAGACUAACUGACUAACAGUGUGUUUUUUAUCAUAUAAAACUUGCUAUAUAUAUUCUUAGGUGUUGAGAUUGGAGCUUCAGUCUCUUUUCGUGCCUAUAGGAGUCAAAAAGUGACCACUCUGGUGACAAAAAAAGCGGUGCACAAAGAAAACUGGAGUAGCUGACAGGGAUCAAAUGGCCUUGUGUAAACAGUCAUUUCUGACACCUAUUGAAUCCAAGCUGAGGUUUGGAAAAAGAGAAGUUAAGUCUCACCGUUGUCUCAAGUUCUCUGUCACAUCUCUCUAUUCAUUUAAUUAUAGCAACACAAUAUAGAAAUGCAAUAUAGAAACAUUCAUUAGUUUUGCAUGUUUCUAACCCAGAGAGAAGUUCGAGGAUCAGUAUAUACCAAAUAGGCUAGUUUGUUUUGCCCAGUGUUGAAUUCUCCAAGAAAAAAAAGCCCCUGGAUUAUGUCUCAUAGGUAAAUUAUUAAUAGUUAAUGCAGACUCACAUCUAAUGAGUAAAAAAUUAGACAUGCCUUUAGAAAAGGAGCAUCUAAGUUUGACAUCAAAGUUUUUAUCUAAUUCUAAGCAGACAUCAGAUGCUUUAUGUCUAUAAGAGUGAAAUGACUUUAAUAUUAUCAGAUUUCUAAAUGUUGACAAAAUCUAGGCAUCUAGAUUGACAUAUGUCAUGGGUAAGUUAGUUACCAAAAUGUAAACUCCAUGUAUACAUUUGAAGUUUACCAAUUUUUAACUAAGAUAAGAUAUUUGCAGAGUUGUGUUUUUCUUUAUAAUUUAGGUGAAAAAUGGUUAAAUUUAGUAGAGCUUCACUGGUUUUAAUGGAGAUGCAUAGAAGAUUCAGAACAUUGUAUACAUAUUUAGCACUUCUCCUUUAUUUCAUCUGCUUGUAGUCAUAUAUUCCUGGAACUUUAAGUACAUGUGAUUCUGAACAAGUUCUUGAUAUACUUCAGCAGAAAUCAAUAGCAUUAGAAAUCAACAGACAGAGAAAAUUUCAGCAUGGCAGAUAUGUGAAAACAUCUUUAUAUUUUUGGUGUGUGCUCUUUCUUCCAUUUUAUUUAAUAGCAUAUUUAACAGCAUGACACCAGCCCGAAAAUGAAUGUUUCAUCCAGCCUUUUUCAUAGAAAUAGCACAUAAGAUGUCAGGCUAGAUUCUAGUUUUCCUCUUCCUACUAUUUAGUGAAGUAAUUCACUGAAGCCACUGAAGUUGGAAUAGUGUUAUAGUAUCAAAAGUAAGGCCCACUGAGUUGUUUUCAUGGAAAUUGCUGAAUAUUCACUGCAGAGUCUGUCCUGCUGACAGCAUUUUAAAUAAUCUACACAUACAUAUAUAAAUACAUAAAAUAUCUUUUCAUCUACAACCUCCAAGUAGUUACGUUAGAAUAACCACACUAUCUGAUUCUGCUGCUAUAAAAGUUUUGCCAGAUAGUGCAGUUCUUAAUUCAUACAGGAUUAGCAUUGGACCAAGUGUUAUGUCUCACAAAUUAUUUAUUAUUAUCAUGUUUAUAAUUAGUUUUUAAAGGAGAGAAGUUAUUCUAAUGGACUGGGGAAUUGCAGGUGAGGAGGAUAGCUAUGUGUUUUCUUGCUUAUUGGAAAUACCACAAGAGUUUUUACCUUGUUGCCUAUACAGUGGGAAGACAUGAUUUUAUGUUCUAGUUUAAUAAUUUUAUUUAAUUCCUUUACCAUUGUUGGCUUUCUCUCCUUGAGAACUUUCUACUGCAGUUACACAAGCAGAAAUUUUUUCUGUGCUCCACAGAGUUCACUAGGACACAAAGUCAGCAGUCCUAAGGAAGUUUGAAUCAUGAAAAGUUCUCUCUCAAUCCAUAUUAAGCUUUGAUGACAAAAAUCUCUAAGGUCAAAACUCUAUAAUAUCUCUAUAUCAGUGCAUAAGAAGACAAGAAGUGUUGCUCAGAGAUUUAAUCCUUGUGUGUUGAAUGAAUGCAUGGUAAAUUUUGCAUCAAAAACACAUUUCCAACUAUAAAGAACUUUAUCAAAAGUGUCAGGAGAAUUAUUUUUUCAAUGGAGAUGCUGGCCAUCACCAGCUAGUUAGAAAGCAUUACUUUUUAAAUAUUGCAAUAUUUAUUUAUUUAUUUGAGUGGGUCUUACGUCCCACAGAAUAUUUAUAAAUAUUUAUAACAAUGAAUUGUGGUGACUAUUAUAGCGAUUAUUAUAAUAAAAGUAUCAAUAAAUAUUUCUUUCGCUAGAAAUGGCUGAUUUUGUGUUCAUUUUGUUCAUUUGGGCCCACUGUUCCAGAAGAACUUGCAUGAACAAGCAGUAUUACUUGUUCCUGAAAAUGUGUGUCCUACUAUCCUCUGUGAUUCUCAGCUUUAAAUAUUGAGGAUUCCUGGCUGUUUCAUGCACCACACCUGAAAACUAGGUGAAAUAUGAUGAGAAAAACAAAGCCUUAAUAGGUCUAAACAGAUUUUGAAGGGAUUAUCACAUCUACUGGCAUCUGCUUUUUCAACAAAAUAGCAACAGAAAACUACUGGUCUAGCAGUUCAGUCUUGCUAGGAAAAGUGAUUCUGGCAUCAAGGUCUUAGGAUUAGGCAAAUUACUGUUGCUGCUAUUUAUAUUACUGCUAUAUUCUAACCCCACUUGUAUUGCUGUACUCAGGCUUUGUUUUGCAGCAGGCACAUCAUGGAUUAAAUAAAUUGAACAUUUCUUUCCCAUAAUGGUCCCCAGGCCUACAAAGAACCUAACAGAGAUCUUCAAAAUGACUAAGUGCCCUUGGAUCUGACAGAUUGUUUCCUCGGAGUGCUCCCUCACCAUGGGUAAUCUAUUGUGCUCUGUACAGUACAGUCAGUGUUAGUGAAAGCCAUUAGUAGCAUCUUUCACAUCUUCCAUGGUUUCAUUACCAAGAGAAAUAUCAUAUUAUUAAGUACCACUUAGUACUGCUGCAUUUGGUGGUAUGAAGAUAGUGAACUUCAGUGAGUGAAUCCUGGUGAACAACAGGUUGGUCAUGAGCCAGCAGUGUGCCCUUGUGGCCAGGAAGGCUAAUAGUAUUCUGAGUACGUUAAAAGGAGUGUGGCCAGCAGGUCGAGGGAAGUGAUCCUCCUCCUCUGUUCUGUCCUGGUGAGGCUGUAUCUGGAAGAAUGUGUCCAAUUUUGAACUCUCCAGUUCAAAUGACAGGGAUCUUCUAGAAAGAGGGCGAUAGAAGUGAUUAAGGGCCUGAAGCAUCUCCUGUCUGAGGAAAAGUUGAGAGACCUGGGUCUCUUCAGCCUGGAGAAGAUAAGGCUGAGAGGAGAUUGCAUCUCUGUCUACAAACACAUAAAACAUGGGAGUCAAGAUGAUGGAGGUAGGAUCUUUGGUGGUGAGCAAACAGUUGAACAAGGGGCAACAGGCAGAAAUUGGAUCACUGGAAGUUCCAUAUUAAUGCAGGGAAAAACUUCACUGUCAGAGUGGUAGACCACCGGAACAGGCUGCCCAAAGAGGUUGUAUAGUAUCUGUAUCUGGAGAUAUGAAAGACUGACAUGGACACCCUCCUGAGUAACCUGCUGUUGGGAACCUGUUCUAGCAGGGGGGAUGGACUUGAUGAUCUCCAGAGAUUCUUUCCAACUUCUACAAUUCUGAGAUCCUGUGAUUAGUACAAAGGCAAGAGCAUGGCUGAUACUGGCAAAAGACAAUCAAGGAAAUCUAUACUGUUCCUGUGCUUUUCUAAAAGCAAAUAUCUUCAAAUGAAACAAAACUAAACAAGCAAACAAAAGCAACUAAAACCUUCAUCCCUAUCUCAGGGCCGAACAAAUUGUAGGAAAAAUAAACAAAAAAUUAAGUGACUUUUUGCUAGAAGUGUCUGUAAAUAGUGUCAUUAAAGAAUGAUACUUGAGCAGCAAUAUGAAUGAUGUCCAGCUUAGGGCAUGAGAAAGGCUCAAGGGCAUGAGAAAGGUUUAUUUAGCCAAGAGAAGAGAAGGCUCCGGGGAGACCUUAUAGCAGACUUCUAAUAUGUAAUAGGACUUAGAAGAAAGAUGCAAGGGAAUUCUUCAACACGGAGUGCUGCUUCUUACUCUCUCUGCCAUUCACUGUGAGACUGCCCCACAGGAAAAUCUAAACCUCCUCUGACUGCCCUUGCUGCUCAUACAGCAGCGCUUACCCCUUAGUUUUACAUUUUUGUUACAUGAUAUCAUAUGGAAUAGAAUAUCCCUUUGACCAGUUUAGGUAAGCUGUUCUGGUUUUGUCCCCUCCCAGCUCCUUGUAUUCCUCAGCUCCCUAGCUGGCAAGACAGUAUGAGAAGCUGAAAAACUGAAACCUCCUUGGCUCUGUGCAGCACUUCUCAGCAACAAUUAGAAACAACAGUGUGUUAUCAACAUUGUUUGUUUUUUUCUCCUAAAGCAUCAUAUUAGACACUAUGAAGAAAAUAAACUGUUCCAGCUGAAAUCGGGAUGAUAUCUACUCUUUAUUCCAUAUAAUUUACAUCACUGAAUCAUAGAAUGGUUUGGGUUGGAAGAGACCAUUAAGAUCAUCUAGUCCCAACCCUCCUGCCACAGGCAGGGACACCUCCCUCUAGAGUAGGUUGCUCAAAGUCUCAUCCCGCCUGGCCUUGAAUGCUUCUAGGGAUGGGCCAUUCACAGCCCCACUGGGCAACUUAGUCCAGUGUGUCACCACCCUCACAGAAAAGAAUUUCUUCCUAAUAUCAAGUUAAAAUCUACCCUCUUUCAAUUUAAAACCAUUUCCCCUUGUCCUGUUGCUACCUGUCCUCAUAAAAAGUUCCUUCCCAGCUUUUCUGUAAGCCCUCUUCAGGUAAUGGAAGGCCGCUACAAGGUCUCCUUGAAGUCUUCUCUUCUCCAGGCUGAAAGGCCCCAACUCUCUCAGCAUAUUCUUGUAGGGGA